AUGAAAAAACAAACUGAACGUGAAGAACUAGCUCGUAUUCGAAAACGCAAAGAAAAUAAUCGAUAUUUGCUUGCUGAACAAAACCAAUUUUCAGUUAAAUUUGAAUUAGUACUUGAAAUAGAUCCAAAUACAAAUGAUAUUGCUAUUGAGGUUGAUUUAAUACUUGCUCAAUAUUUGAAACAACAUCAAGACAUAACAAAUUCAACGUAUUAA